AUUUGUACAAGUACUUGGAUACCGGUGCCUCCUCUAAUUUUCCAGAUGCACCCCUGACAUUCAGAUCUGGGGUCUCGGUUAAAGCCUCGUUUGUGGAGUGACAUGUCAGCCACACGCGUGAGCCGUGGCGUGACGAAACACCCAAAACUCGCGCUCCCACAACGCAAAUCAUGGAUACCCGACGUUUCUAUAUGCCCUACAUUGCAAAUGCCGGUACCUAGGCACAUCAUAAGCCAAAAACCGCAAAUAAAAGGGCUCGCUGGAAACCUCCCUCCCGCACGCCCGCGUAUUGAAAUCGUCCUGGUUUGGCACCACCCACCCUCCUACGCUACCAUCAUAUGAAGUGGUACUGGAAUAGACUCGGUCUAGUCCUCGUAUUCUCCAUCCUUGCAGCUCUCCUGUCCAUGCUCGCUGGCCGUUUCCGGAUGCCGUCGUCGAUCCCUCAAACCCCCCCAGCUGCCGCCGCGCCCGCCGUGCCUUUCCGGGUCAUUGUCGUUGGCUCGGGCCUCGCGGGCCUGAGCGCCUCUUCCGAGCUCGUCGCCCGGGGCGUUGCCGUCCACAUUCUCGAGCGCCAGCCGAAGCCCGGCGGGAACUCGAUCAAGGCCUCGAGUGGCAUCAAUGGCGUCCCGACCCGGUUCCAAGCCCCCGGGUCAGACACCGUGGCGGAGUUCUACAACGACACGCUGAGGUCGGCGGGCGCGAGUUUCCGGGCCUCCAAGACGGAGGCGAGGCAGAAGCUGAUUGCCGAGCUCACUGAUUCCUCCGCGUCGGCGAUCAAUUGGCUCGUCGACGAAAAGGGGGUUGAUUUGUCUCGCGUCGCACAGCUGGGCGGCCAUAGCCAUCCUCGAACGCAUCGAGGGGCCGGCCCGACCCCGCCCGGAGCCAGCAUUGUCUUGACGCUGCUGAAACAGCUCCAAGCGAGCCCUCUUGUGACUCUUCAAACCGGCGCGACCGUCACCAAGAUUCUGAAGUCGGACGGGGAGGUUGUGGGCGUGCAAGUCUCCCGCGACGGCACGCCGGAGACCGUCGACGGGCCGGUGGUAUUCACGGCUGGCGGGUUCGCAGGCGACUCGACAGGUCUUCUGGCCCAGUAUCGACCGGAUCUCGAGGGGUUUCCGUCCACCAACGAAGCGCUUCCGGGAUCUCAGACCUUGUUGACCGAUGUUGGCGCGCACCUGGUCGACAUGGAACAGGUCCAGGUCCACCCGACGGGAUUCGUGGAUCCCAAGGAGCCGUUCAAGCGGACCAAGUUCCUGGCAGCCGAAAUGUUGAGGGGCGAAGGUGGCAUCCUCCUCAGACAGGGCCAGAGGUUCAUCAAUGAGUUGAAACUGAGGAAGAAUGUCACAGAUGCCAUCAUGGCACAGCCUCCCAAAGACGUCCAGCCGACCAAGCAGUGGGACAUCCAGAUCUUGUUGGACGAGGCCACGUAUGAGGCCGCAAAGGCACACGUCGACUUCUACAUCUGGAAGGGACUGAUGCGGAAGACAACAGUAUCAGAGCUGGCGCAUUCAGAUCUGGUUCUGGAGACUCUGAAGCAAUAUGCGGCAACUGUCCAAGGCACAGACCCCGAUCCACUGGGUCGAUCGGCAUUCGGACACUGGGGACUCCAGGAUCCGACGCCGGAAUCAACGGUCUAUGUCGGCACCGUCACUCCGGUCGUGCACUAUACCAUGGGAGGAGCCAUAUUCUCGCCCCAGGCGGAAGUUCUGGAUGGCAGCGGAAAGCCUAUCAAGGGGUUGUGGGCGGCUGGAGAGUCCACAGGCGGCAUCCACGGAGAGAAUCGACUGGGUGGAAGCAGUCUACUGGAAUGCGUCGUGUUUGGGCGUAUUGCAGGUCAAAACGCUGCCAAGGCGAGGUAAUUAACACCCAGCUCACCCCUCUUUGGUCUGUUCUACCACAAGCGCUUUUGGGAGUCAAAAGCGCUGUCGAGCCAAACAGGGCCCUAGACUAGAUACAAGGGCUGAUGGCUGAAUGGACUCGGCUAUCGAGGGGCACGAGCUUAGGGAGCAUAGAACACGGAAGAGAAGACUCAAACCGAGCUACGCCUAGAGCUAAAGGAAUGGGAGAGACAGUGAGAGUGGGAGCGGAAGAGAGGGCACAGAAUGCGGGCUUCGACACCAUCUAGCAAGGAAUUGGGGGGCGAUAUGCAAAGGCUGGUGACUGCAGAUUUGGGCUCCCAUGGGGCCUUUCUAAGGACCCUAGUCCCCCAAUCGGUCCUCGGCCAAAUCUGCUACUGAAGCUUCUCAAGACUGCGAAGAACUUGUAACCUAGUUUUGGCCGUGGAAUCUUCUGUUCUUUGGGAUCAUACUGGGCAGUAGAUUACAGAGCUUCCCGAAACGUUUCUACCCUGCGGACCCAAUACCGUGUCGCCUACGCAAAGCGUCUGGUGCUAUGGAAAACCCCCUGCCCCCAUAUGUACGCAGUACUGCAACGAGACGUGUGAGUGGCAAUUCCCCAAGCC